GCUAUGACCCCCCAUGCCUGAGACCUAGCAAUAUUCCCGCUGCGGUCCCCAGUGUGGCAGUCGAAAGUAUGAUAGCCAGCAAGAGGAGAGGAGCAGCAUCCAACCCCACGGAACGCAAUUCUGAUUGGGGCGGAGGCGGGGAAACGACACCGAAGCUCGUCACCCCCUUCCUCGUCAGCGGUGUACUUGGAUGGAUGGAUGGAUGGAGAGAGAUCGCUUCGGGGUAACAAUGCCCGAUCCUACGCGUAUCUCAACCUUGACGAUUGGAUUGACGCAGUGAGAAAGGCUCUCUGUCUCGGCAAGUAUGCGAGGCAAGGACCGCAGAGCACGUUAUUGCCAUGGAACAGGUUUCGUUAGUGACAACGUGGUAGCCAGGGCUCCUGUGGCCUCCUCGAAUCAGUACCUGAACUAUUCCACAUUGCGUGGUGAUGGCACAUCGAGCUUAAUUGGACCACCAGCGACGCCACAAGUGCCAUGGUCUACAUCAAAAUACCAUACAACCCGAAUCGUCGCCACUUUAUUACAGGUGGUUGGGGAAGAAAAGGCCCGAAUUCUUCUCCUGCCACUCUCCAUCGUGCGCCAGGACGAUCUCCACCGGGAUGCCGUUUAGCCCGUCCCUUCGAAGCACGCGCAUCAUGUUCAGCGUCUUGUAUGCCGCGUCUAGGUCUUUAUGGAUUGUGGCUGUCCGCCCCUUGUCAUCCUUCCA